AUGGAAGAAUCCGUUCGACUUUGUUUGGAACCCAAACCCUACCUGGAACCUGCCUUCACCGCACCACAAACCUGCGUGCUCUGGUUGAACGAAGCCGGGCGCCGGAAUCGCGCGCUCUCCGCCGGCACCCGCGUGAUUGGCCGUUUGAAAAAUGGGCGACAGUUUUUGUGGUGUCUCGAGACGAGUGUGGACCGCAAUUCCUCGCACCGAGAAGGAUACUUUGCGGCAGAAUCGAUCGAACCACCGGAAACUGACGACCAGCAUCCAGAUGGCGAGAGAACUCUCGUGGAGAUCGUUCCCGUUCGUGAGAAGAUCGUCGAGUUUGGGCGGGUGGUGUUUGAUCUAUGGCUCGAUCUUUCUCGCCUCCGAGUGGAGCUGAUGAUGGAGAAGGAUAAUCUGAAACAACUGCUGCGGACGUUCCUCGUUCGCUCGUUCUUCUGUCGCGGUUCCCGCAUCAACCUGAGCUGCAUCCGUGACCGCAACCUGGGCCUGACCGGAGCUUUCGUGAGAGAGGCGGAUGGUCUAUCCUGGUACGGUUGUUUAGGCAUCCAAACGAAUAUCGACAUCGGUGAUAUCAAGUAUCACCCCCUAGAAGCCAGUGGAAAGAAGAGGAAAUCUCUUGGUGGGCUUGAGAGCGCCCGUGACCAGUUGGCAGCGGCGAUCGCAAACCAAUCAUCCGUUCUUAUUUCAGGUCCGAGCGGAACGGGAAAGUACAGUCUGGUGGAAUCGCUGGCAGUGGAUCAAAAUUAUCCGCUUUUCGAAGUCCGUGGAUUGCAUUUCGUACGAUCGUUGCCCGGAGAAACGGAAUCUGAGCUACGCAGCACCUUUCUACGGUUGCGACACUUUGAGGAGCUGAUCGAGGCUGACCUCCCGAUACUGCUGCUAGUCAAAGAUAUCGACAUGAUAUGCCCAAAGGUUGGCCAGAAGAAAGGUGUGGACUAUACGAAUAUUGCUCGCAUUUCGUCACAGUUCAUAUCGUUGCUCGAUCAGUACGCCAUAUCGUCCAAGAACAUUAUCAUCGUCGGCACUACCUCAAACAUCGAGGACCUGGACCAUCGAUUGCGCCGACCGGGACGCUUAGCGAAGGAAAUCCCUCUCGGGAUACCUUCCAAAGAGCAACGGACUGCCAUUCUACGUGCCUUUGAAGUCAACGCGGGCAAUUAUUCCUGUUUAACGGCACAGCAACUGGAAGAGCUCGCAAGCAGAACAACGGGAUACGUUGGCGCGGAACUAGAGCUACUCUAUCAUAACAUUAUCCGCGAGAUGGACGGCAAACAAUGUUCAUUCGAGGAGGCACUGACGGAAGCACAAAAGAAACAUCGACCGAGCAGCCUUAAGAAUGCGAUCGGAUUUGCCGGUAGCGAUGCUGGAUCGCUCACCCUCGACUCUUUCGGUGGAAUGGAGGAACUGAAAUCGCUGCUUCGGUUGUGCAUUGUGGAGCAGCUGAAACAUCCGGAACGCUUCCAUCGGCUCGGUAUCCAUCCACUGAAGGGUAUACUCCUGUACGGGCCACCGGGCUGUGCCAAAACCACUCUCGCCAAGUGCCUUGCUGCUGAAUCCGGGAUGACCUUCCUGUCGCUUUCGGCCGCUGAAAUCUAUUCACCGUACGUGGGCGAAGCAGAACGGCUCAUCUCGAAGGUGUUCAAUGAGGCUCGCAUGAACGCUCCGGCCGCUGUGUUUUUGGAUGAAAUCGAUUCGCUUGUCGGUAAUCGAGGAGCGGCAGGAAUGGCCGGAAAUACGUCUGCUGUUAACAUGGGCGUCCUCUCGACGCUGCUCCUCGAAAUGGAUGGUAUUGGGCAAGCGCAACAGUCAGCCGGGGCGCUGAGUGCAGAUGCAAAUCGUGUCGUUGUCCUAGCGGCAACCAACCGUCCGGAUAUGGUCGAUGAUGCGUUGCUGCGUCCAGGACGAUUGACGAAAUUGAUUCAUAUUCCUGCACCGGAUGAAGGCACAAGACUGUCGAUACUUCGAAAGAUUGCUGAGGGCAUUCCGCUAGCACCGAAUGUUGAUUUGACGUUGAUUGCUGCGCGUACGGAACGCUUCUCUGGAGCUGAUCUGAACAAUCUGUGCUCCCAGGCAGCACUUGCAGCGGCAACAACGAACCUAGAGGCUACGGAGGUGACGAUGGUCAACUUCGAGGAAGCAUUCAAAGAUGUUAGACCUUCGCUAACGCAAGAACAGAUCGAUUGGUUCUAUAAAUUCGAAGCGAAUAAGCAACGCUAGCAGCAGGGAAUUUUGUUAAUAAAUAUGAAAAUGUAAUGCA